AUGGACUCAAAAAUAGAAUCGACAGAUUCUUUGAAACUCGAGACUGAGCAAGCUAGUCAGAACUUGCUCACUGCAGAGGAUGUCGAGCUUUUACGGGAGAUUCUCAACCAAAACAUCUCACAUCAGUCAGGUGAGAAACGGAAAUUCAGGUUCCAAGACCUAACGUUUACCCAGCAGCUGAGUACUUUUCAAAAUUUGAGGACCACUGCCCCCCAGUUCCAUGGCUUUUUCGUUCUCUUUUGGAUAGGGGUGACCCUGAUGCUGUUCAGGCUUGCUGCGAACAAUUGGAGAACCUAUGGCAGCAUAUGGGGCAAGAACGAGAUUAUCCGCCUCAUGUUGGAUAAAGAUGUCAUGGUCCUCGGGCUGACUGACUUGCUCCUUUGUUGGUCUACCGGUUUCUGUCUGCUACUACAACGGGUGGUACUUAAGGGACACAUUCGCUGGAACGGUCUCGGUUGGAUUAUUCAGAAUAUAUGGCAAACUACAUAUCUUGGAGUCGUUAUAUGGUGGACAUAUUAUCGCGAUUGGCCGUGGACACACACAGUCUUUAUCGUAUUGCACUGCUUAACUAUGCUGAUGAAGCAACACAGCUACGCAGCUUACAAUGGCUAUUUAUCGGAAAUUUAUCGCAAACGAAAUAUGCUGAAAGCGAGUCUUGAUCAAAUCAAAGCCAAAGAAAGAGGACUUGCUGUCCCUACCCAGAUAGGACACUCUUCUGCAGUUGAUACGAAACUCAAUGCUGAGAUUACAGACCUCAAAAGAAAAGAUUCUACACGACGCCCUUCUGACCUUCAAAACUAUUCUCCAUCCCAUGAAACCGACCAGCUCUUAUCUCUUAUUGGAAUAAUCGAGACCGGAGUGCCACUUAAUCCGAAUCAAAUGAAGUCCAUCAGAGAAUUACUCGAGCAGGAGAUCGGAGUAUUAUCCGAGGGCUUAAAGGGCCGGUGCUCACUGACCACCAAUCACUAUCCUAAAAACUUGACAAUACGAAAUAUCUGCGACUUCAUGACAUUGCCCACAUUGGUCUAUGAGCUUGAAUACCCACGGACAGAGAAGAUAGACUGGCUCUAUGUCGCAGAGAAAACACUGGCCACACUCAGCAUCAUUGUGGUUAUGAUCGCAGUCUCCGAGUCGUGGAUAUAUCCGGUGGUGAUGGAGACGGUGCGUAUGAAAAAGGAGGGAAUGACGGCGCAGCAGAGACUCCGGGAAUUUCCUUGGGUUCUUGGCGACUUGCUUUUCCCGUUUAUGAUGGAGUAUCUACUGGCGUUCUACGUGAUUUGGGAAUGUGUUCCGAAAUCACCAUGUUUGCAGAUCGAGGGUUCUACUCCGAUUGGUGGAAUUCGGUCUCGUGGGAUCAGUUCGCGCGAGAUUGGAACCGUCCUGUCCAUAACUUCUUAUUUCGGCAUGUAUACCAUGGCUCUAUCAGCGAAUACCAAUUGUCGCGGGUAUCGGCCAGUCUUGUCACUUUUCUCUUAUCUGCAUGUGUACAUGAGCUGA